CUGGAACGUGUGACGUCACAUCAUCAGCUCAUGGCCGACGGAAGGUUCGGGGUGGAGGAGCUGUGAGUUUGAGGUAUACUUUCACCUACUUUCUCCAAGAAAAUUAAACAAUAAGGACGCCAGGUCGUUCUCAGUAUACUCCCUGGUUGAAAAUAUGAUGACCGACACUGCUGAGGCCUUGUUUGGGUUAGAUCUACCUUUCUCUGAAGACUCAAACAGCUCAGCUUUUGACAUCCCCUCUCUAGGUAUUGAAGCUGAAGAUCUGUCCAGCUUACUGACCCAGUUUGAAGAAGCAUCACAGUCAUUAGAUGGUACAGCAACCCCCAGAAGCUGAACCUGAACCAGAACCGACGCCACCAGUUAUCAAAGCAAAACCUGCCCAGAUUAAAGCAAAAGAAUGCAACAGUCCAGCUAUUACCCCACCAGCCACACCACCUCCAGAGGUCCUGGCCAGAAUCCGGGCCAAGAGGAAACGUAAACUAGCCAUCAUGCUUCCAACCCUACUCCCAUCCAAACUGAAAGGCCAGUCGCCGGGACAAAAGCCAAAUUUAGCCUCCCAGGCUGAACUGAAUAACAAUGUAACUACCUCUCAGGUGGUGUCAGACAUACCGUUGGGUUCUGCUUCACCGAAACCUGACGUCAACAGUGACUACUUUGACCAUAUAUUUGAUCAUGAUUACUGCGUGAACUCUCCUAUAGUGUCUCCUAAACAAGACAAGGUCGACCUUGACAAGUUCGACUCCCAGUCUAGUGGCUACGUCUCCCCCGACAUCAUAGUGAAUGUGGAUGAACAUGUGAAUGAGGUGGUUAUUGAUGCUGGGGACACGGGAGAAUUAAACAGCGAUGUUGUCUUGAGUCAGUCAGUUGAGUUGGAGGAUGGGGAAGUGCCUGAAAGCCCCAUAGCCAUCCCAACAGAACAUAGUAAAGAUUCCAACACUGGAAUAAAGAAUAGACAAAUGAGUUCAAAACAAGUGACAGGUCAAGAAAAAAAUUAUAGAAAACGUGGAAGCCCAGGUCCUGAUUCUGAUCGGUAUUUCGACAAAAUUCCUGCAUAUUUCACAACGUUAUCAAAGCCUGUCAAACCACCAAAGAAGGAUAAGCAGUCUGAUCAACAGAGUGGCAUUCGAAGGGAGGACUUCAUAGCUAGGGACUCGUCACCAUCAAGAAAUGAACCUGGUGUUUUUGACAAACUCCCUGCUUAUUACAGUUGUUUUACGAACAGUACUCGCUACGACCAGGAUGAACAUGAGACUUAUGACUUGGAGGACUUGGAUGCUUACCCAUGUGCCAAAAAACCCAGGAAGCAGAGCUCAUCUAGGUCUCGCUCUAGGUCAAGGUCACAAUCUAGAUCAAGGUCAGGUCAUAUUCAAGAUCAAGGUCAAGACAUCGUUCAAGUCGUCGAAGGCAUUCUUAUUCAUCAGCAUCUCGAUCUUCAAGUAAUUCUAGCAGGUAUUGGAUGCUUUUUCGAGGGAAUAUAUUCUGACUUUAGGAUUUCUUAUGACAGGUCACGGUCUAGAUCCAAGUCCACGUCUAGGUCCAGAUCAAGGUCCAGGUCAUAUUCACGUUCUAGGUCUAGGUCAAGGUCAAGACCAAGGUCACAUUCUUAUCGGUCAUACAGGUCCCGUUCCCGAUCUCGUCGCCGUUCACACUCAAGGUCUCGCUGCCGAAAUAGCAGUUGGGCAAGGUCUCGGUCACGGUCAAGGUCAUUUGAGAGAAGACGCAUGGCACGUCAGAGCAAGAGGGAAGAAGAGAAGAAUAGGCAGAUUGAGGAGAGGCGGAUUGUGUAUGUGGGGAAGAUACCCGAAGGCUACACAAGGAGGGAACUGAGGAAGAGGUUUGGGAGGUUCGGGGAUAUCGAGGAUGUCAGUGUCCACUUCAGGGAGUAUGGUGACAAUUACGGAUUUGUGACCUUCAACUACACUUGUGAUGCUUAUGCUGCAAUAGAACAAGGCAAUAUGAUUCCUGGAGAGAAGCCGUUUGACUUGUGCUUUGGCGGGAGGCGCCAGUUCUGUGAUACAGAUUAUGCUGAUCUAGAUGGCAAAGCAGAAGCCAUUGAGGAGUUUACGCCCUUGCCCAGCGAGGGGCCUCUGGACUUCGACCAGCUUCUGAAACAAGCUCAGUCCAAAAUUAAAAAGAAGAGGUGAUGGACGAGUCCUGUGUGCUGUGCUGGAAGAAAGUGUGAUGGCGUGCUGUGCUGGACACUGCCUUUCUGUGAUUUCAUUUUUGCUGAAGCCACAAAUAUCCUCGGAAGUUAAUACGUUUUGGACGCUAAUCAUAAAUGGGUGCUCAAUCUGUUGUCCUUGUUUACUGUAAACAUAUAAACUGAAUGUGUGGAGUAUGCUUUUGACAUAUACAAAGUGUUUUCAAACAGGGUAGAUUGUCACGAUAUCUGUAUGAUUAUGUUUAGGUUUGUCAAUGCAAUUUAUUAAAGUUUUGUGUGGAAUAUCUUAAAUGUUCAUUCAUGCUGCUGAGGUUAUCAAUCAGGGUGAAGUUUGGAUGUGCAGAUUUCGUAUGCUUUGAGCUGGUU